CUUUCAACACUACUAUAUAACAAAUAAUUUGAGAUGGAUGAAAAGGGAAAGGCAGUCCACUACAUAAAAGAACACAGAAUUGAUGUUAUUCUGCAGCAAACCCUCAACGAUUUGUAUAGGAAACAUCCUGGUAAUGUUUUUGGCUACCUUGCAGAGGAAUUAGAUAAGCAUGCGACAAAGCCAUCCAUCAAAACUAUUUCUGGAUAUGGAGUAAAAUCAGUUCAUGAUGAUAUCAACAGAGUCACCAUUGAAGCAACAUGUCUUGUGCAUAAUCAUGAGGAAAUAUCUGAUAGUGCUACAUGUGGAUUCAAUAGCACUGAAGAUACAAUGAAUUUAGAUGAAUUAAAAGCCAUCAACGAUGCAUUGCAUGGUUUACCAGCAUUAGAACAAGAGCCAGUGGACACAAAAUUGAAAUCACUAGAUGUAUCUUCUGGAAUGAAGCUAUCUGUGUCAUCAGCAAUAUUAAAAUCCAGUGCAAGACUUCAGAAGUUAUCCAUGUUGGAUUUAAUUCAGCAGCAGUAUAGUGGUAAAGGACUGAAAAUGCCAACACCGAUUGUUUCCCUCCUUAACAGUGGCAAGAGUGGUCCAGGUAAGAAUAAUAUGUCAUCCUUAGCUGUGUGCCCAAAACUGGGAUUGUCAUAUGAGAAAAGUAUGAAAAUUCUUGAGUCAAUUUACAAGGCUGUCGAAGAAAUGCUGAAGAAAAAGCAGCAACCUUGUGUGUCACCAAAUGGUGCGUUUAACGUAUCAUGUGAUAAACCGGAGCAGAUGAUAGAGCUUGUCAAGGAAGCUAUAACUGAGUUAGAGAUAGUUCCUGGAUCUGACUUCUUCUUUGUCCUGGACGUCCUUGCAUCUGAUUUUCAUUCUGAAGUUGUUCCUGGUCAGGGAUCUGCCAAAAAGGGACAGGUAGGCGGUAAAAAGCAGAAAAGCAGAAAAAUAAGUGUUGCAGUGAGUCAGAGUAACUCGAGACACAGGUACGACUGGUUUGAAGGGCAACUCAAACCAACUGAAGACUUUUGUGAUUUCUUGGAAGGUUUGGUGGAAAGUGAAGACAUUAUUGGUUUAGUGGAUCCAUUUCAUCAUGAGGAUGUUGAAGGAUACGAAAUGUUAGCAAAGAAGAUAAGUUCAAAAUGUCUUCUCUUCUCUCGUGAAGCAACACCACAUUCCUCGAACGUAUUCAGACUGAAUACAACCAUCACCCACUCCGUCGCACAACUCCAGGAACUGGACCGACCAGCGACUGUUCUAGAAGCAGCUGUUUACGAGGAAGGCGAGACCAUGAUUGCAGAUCUGGCCCUGGUUAGUGGGGUUGGUUUUGUUAUGUUCGGAGGCUUCCGAGGGAUCAGAGGGAAGCUUUAUAACCAAGUGUCCAAGUUAUUACAACAGAAGGGACCGACACAGAACGUGUUGAGCAGCUGGGGAUUUAAAGAUGUUGUCCCAGAGGAGGACAGUCCAGAACAAGAACAGUGAUGCUUGAGAGUGGACCAAGGAAGUGUGUUCGAAAAUCUGUACACUGUACAUUAGUGACUGUUUUUCUUGCAUUUUGUCGUAUGGAAUUGGAUAGUUGGCGCAAAAAUAGCUGACACAACCGAUUGAUGAUAUGCUGCGAUGAAACUUUGAACGCUAAAUUAUUUAAUGAUUUAGCUCAUGCGUACUUUUUGAAAAUUUCUAAAACCGAUUCAUUACAAUCAUGCUGUCUAAUACUUUCUUUAUUAUGUAAAUAGAAUAUGUGAAUUUUGUGAAUAUAGCACCCAGUCAAA